UUGACCUAAAUAAUGCAACUAGGUCGUCUAACAUCAUGGCACGAUUUGUGGAAGCCGGGAAGAAGAUAGUUGCAGUUGGAAGAAACUAUGCGGAGCAUGCCAAGGAACUGGGAAAUGCACUGCCCACAGAACCUCUCUUAUUUCUUAAGCCAACCACAGCAUACAUAACAGAAGGACAAGCAAUCAAGGUGCCCAUAACCUGUACAUCGCUACAUCAUGAAGUGGAGUUAGGGAUCGUCAUUGGUGAGAAAGGUGCAGACAUCUCCGAGUCAGAUGCAAUGAAGUAUGUUUUAGGAUAUACCCUGGCACUGGACAUGACCGAUAGGGCAAAGCAAGAAGAACUGAAGAAAAAAGGACAGCCAUGGUCAGUGUGUAAAGGAUUUGACACCUCCUGCCCAGUCAGCAGUUUCAUACCAAAGGAGAAAAUUCCAGAUCCUCAAAAUAUCCGACUGUGGUUGAAAGUGAAUGAAGAAAUGAAGCAAGAUGGUAACACAAAGGAUAUGAUCUUUACCAUACCUCAUUUGAUAAGUUUUAUUAGUUCUAAAUUCACCCUGGAACCAGGUGAUCUCAUCUUGACUGGCACGCCAUCUGGAGUUGGCCCAGUUCAAGCUGGAGAUGUCAUAGAAGCUGGUGUGGGAGACAUCAUUAAAGUCACUUUCCCAGUGGAGAAAAAGUGAAACAAUUUCAAAGUGAUUAACAAUACAGAAAAUAGUGAAAUUCAGCUGAAUAAGCAAUCUGUAAUAAAUGACAAUCGUGGUGUAACCGGUGUUAAUAGUUUUAUAAAGAUGGCAAUAACAGUUAUCUGGAAAAGUGAUGUUUUAACGUUACCAUUAGGAUUAAUUAAGUAAAUACCAAUAGUAGUACAAUUAAUGCAUUAUUAUUAUUAUUAUUGCUAUUGUUUUAGAUGCAUUUUUACAUAGCUUACUUUAAUUCAGGUCAUAAACAUGAAAACCAUAAAA